UGGAUCUGCCAUUCAACUAAGAAAGAUGUAUAUUUUACGAAAUAAACACGAUGGCUUGGCUGGAUUAGUUUGUUGUCGAUGGCAGUCGAUGCUCAGAUGAAGAAGAAUUUUAAUGGUUUAACAAUGCAUGUGUCAUUUGUUGACUGUCCUGGUCAUGAUAUUCUUAUGGCAACAAUGUUGAAUGGAGCAGCUGUAAUGGAUGCCGCUCUCUUACUUAUUGCUGGGAAUGAGUCAUGUCCACAACCACAGACAUCAGAACAUUUGGCUGCAAUUGAAAUAAUGAAGUUGAAGCAUAUAAUUAUACUACAGAACAAAAUUGAUCUUGUUCGAGAAAAUCAGGCCAAGGAACAAUAUCAACAGAUAAAGAAAUUUGUUGAAGGAACAAUAGCUGAAGGAGCUUCCACUACAAAGGAUCCAACUAUCUCGUAAUCGUAGACCGUUACUCUAACUGGCCUAUUAUCGAACGAGCCAAAGACGGUUGCGACGGACUAAUCAAUUGCCUACGUCGCGUCUUCACCACCUUUGGGAUCCCAGACGAAUGCGCUACUGACGGCGGACCAGAAUUCACCGCCGUCAAAACACGGCAGUUCCUCAAACAAUGGGGGAGUACACCACCGCCUCGCCUCCGUUGCAUUCCCGCACUCAAAUUGCCGCGCGGAGGUUGCCAUUAAAACUGUGAAACGCCUCAUCACGAACAAUACCGGCCCCACCGGUAGCCUCAACACAAACGCCUUACAAAUUGCUGUUCUACAAUAUCGUAACACGCCUGAUACCGACACGAAAUUAUCACCGGCCCAAUGCGUCUUCGGUAGACCCAUUAAGGAUUUCAUACCAAUUUUCCCCGGCCAUUAUAGGCCACAUGUCACCUGGAGGGAAACACUCAAUGCUCGCGAGGAGGCUUUACGAAACCGGCACAUGAGAGCGGCGGAACGUUGGUCAGAACACACAAGAAGAUUACCACCUCUGUCCAUUGGACAUCACGUAAGAAUACAGAACCAAACAGGACCGUACCCUACGAAAUGGGACAAGACUGGAACAGUCAUCGAAGUCCUUCAACACGAUCAAUACCGCGUCAAAGUCGACGGGUCCAACAGAAUUACACUAAGAAACAGAAAAUUUCUCCGGCAAUUCACACCUGUACAAGAGCAGUUACCAAAAUAUACUAUUGAUACGGACCUGCUGCUGAUACCAAAAGUCUCAACGGAGAACCUUACUCCCAACAAAAUGACAGCCAGCAGAAAACAAACACCGUCAUUACCAUGUCUAAGACCGGCGACACAGACUGUUACCCCGAAGCCAGCACCACUACCGAGCACGGAUACCGCAGAUGGAACUUCACCACACGCAACCAAAAUACCUGAAGAUGCCAGUGAACCUACACCAGCGACCACAAAGCCAAGCAAGAAAGCACCACUAGCUCUACGCAGAUUACUCGAUUUCAACAAGAAAGGGCUGUUAGAAAAUUGAGAGGAUGAACAAAUAUCAUAGAACAACUUUAUAUUACGCUUUCCUAUACUAGUAAAGACUUAGGGGGGGAUAGAGCAUAAUGGGAUAAUCGUUGAGUAAUAAGGGGCCUGGACCCAACUGUUAUUGUUGUUUGUCAUUCGUAAACGAAUGACCUUUGUAUUUUGUCUCUCAAUAUAUUUUACAAGAUCCUCA